GGGCCGGCCCGCUCGGCCCAGCACAGCCUCUACUUCAAGAAUGCAGAGGGCAAAUAUAUUUCUCCAUUUCAUGACAUCCCUCUGUUUGCUGCAUCUGAAGAGGACAAAGAGAUUCCAGCAAAGAGAUCAAAGAUUAAUGGAAGUGAGGUAGUGUUUAAUAUGGUUAUAGAGGUGCCUCGUUGGACAAAUGCCAAAAUGGAGAUUGCCACCAAGGAGCCGUUGAAUCCCAUUAAACAAGAUAUAAAGAAAGGCAAGCUUCGAUAUGUAGCAAAUAUCUUCCCUCACAAGGGUUAUAUAUGGAAUUAUGGUGCCCUCCCUCAGACCUGGGAAGAUCCAAACCAUACAGAUAAUAGCACAGGAUGCUGUGGGGAUAAUGAUCCCAUUGAUGUUUGUGAAAUAGGCUCAAAGGUUCGAUCUUCUGGUGAGAUUGUCCAGGUGAAAGUUCUGGGAGUUCUGGCUCUUAUUGAUGAAGGAGAGACAGACUGGAAGAUUAUUGCCAUUGGUAUGGAUGACCCAGAAGCCGAGAAAAUCCAUGAUAUUGAUGAUGUCCGGAAGCACAAGCCAGGUUAUCUUGAAGCUACAGUUGACUGGUUCCGAUUAUAUAAGGUCCCAGACGGAAAACCGGAAAAUCAGUUUGCUUUUAAUGGAGAGUUUAAGGACAAGGAGUUUGCUAUUGAAAUUAUUAAAUCUACGCACGAAUACUGGAAAGCUUUGCUUCAUAAAAAGGCGGAUGGAGGUGCUAUAAAAUGCACAAAUGUUCUGGUGUGUGGCAGCCCCUUCUGUUGCAGCGAAGAGGAUGCCAGAUUAAUUGUACAAUCAGCACCACCACCUGUGAAUGGAGAUCCUAUUUCCACAGAAGUUGAUACGUGGCAUUUUCUUAACAAGUGAUUGUUGGAAUGUUGUGAAGUCACAUCAUCAAAUCCCAAAUCAUCUUUUCUCCCUGACUUUGAAGACAGGCAAGCGAAUGCACUAAUUGCUGGAUUUCUGUUGAAACAUUUUUUUCAAGAAGCAUAAACCUUCUAUCUUAUAAAUAAACACUGCCAU